AUGUCCCGUCAAUCUACUGUGGCUACUCUGACGAGAAUCGCAAUCUUGCCACCUCAGUUGAAUCAAACACGUACAAUUGUCUCGCCUUCGCGUGUCCUCUUUGCAACGAACAAUUCUGAUGUCGAAAAGGGUGUACAGAAUAUUACUGACCUAUUCAUGACUGCACGCGAUGAGCUCGAAUAUGCAGAAGAAGCGCGUGGAACUGUGUACUACAACGAUGACAAGGAAGCCGCACGUGAGGCUGUUCAAGAAUGCUUGAGCACAUAUGAUGAACUGUUGAAGGACUUGGACGAAGCACAAAAGCUUGAUGUUCAACGCAAGAUUGGUCUCAAGAUCAUGGAGCUCAAGUCACAGUUGGAUGCUCUGAACGAAGAGGAACUCGAAUAA